UCAGGUUACACAACUCGUUCAGCAAUUCUUCAGUCUACACCCUGUCCGGGAGAACUGGGAACUGCUUUACCGAAAAAGUAAGCAAUUGUUUUGUUGUAGAGUAGAAGGAUGAACAGCGACCGAAUACUCGUUCUGCUGGAUAUGAUACCGCAGGAGGAGCUGGUGAAAUUCUUCCGCUCGAACAAGACGCAGAUCUCUUGCAUGGAUGAACCGCACACCUUCCUCAACCAGCUACGUGACAACGGUCUGGUACUUGAGGAUCUCUACCAGAAGGUAAUAAAAAUGAGAAAUAAGGAGAGAAGGCAGAGUGGUGUGUAUCAGAUUUUGGAAUGGCUGGAGAAGCAGGGAGGGCAGUGUGUUAAGAACUUUUGGAGAUCUGUGUUUCAGGAUCACAUCCUGAAGAAAUAUUCUGCUUUGCGCUCGCUCCAAACCAGCUUUCUGGAUGGAUCUUUCAGGGUUAUUGAAAACCUGUCUGAUGCAGAGAAACUGACAGGAAGUGCCGAAAAGGAAACAGAGCAAAAGAAGGGGGGAACAAAGAGAAAGAAAUGCAAUGAUGAGACAGAGGAGGAGGAUACAGGCCCUUCUUCUAUGCCCGGCCCCAGCCAGAAGAGACCUGCCAUGGAGCCUACAUUCUCGGAGUCCACUGGUUCACAACUCCAGAAGUCCAGGAGUACCCAAUGUUCUAAGGACCCACUGGAUCAGAUUAAAGAUGAUGCGUGCUUCAUUUGUAAUGAAGAGGGAAAUCUGGUGCACUGUACACAAUGUCCACGAGCUUUUCACUAUCGCUGCCACUUACCAAUUCUACAGGAGGAAACACUUGGGGACAGUUGGUUGUGCACUUUCUGUGUGUUAAAGACUGACCAGCAAUUGCAGAUUCAAACGAGAAGGGAAGAUAUUUUAAACAGUCCUGUUUCUGGAAAAAUCAGGCACUGUGAGUAUUUGCUGUUGUGUAUGUACAAGGGGGACGAACUGCAUGUGUUUACUGGCAACCCUACCAUAACAGAUACAGAAUGGAGCAGUGUGAUUUCAGAGCCCAUGUGGCUGGACAAAGUGAAGACCAAGCUGCAGGAUAAUAAGUAUAGAACAGUCGGAGAGUUCGUGCGUGACAUCAAUCUCAUCUUCAAAAACUGCCAAACUUUGAACAGUGAUAAUGAAUUUGGUAAAAUGGGAGCCAAACUGAACAAGAUCUUUGAGAGGGAGUUCCAGACCAUCUUUAAGAUUCAGUAGCAUUUGUCCUCUUUCACAAACCUGCGUCUUAUUGGAAAGUGUAUAAUUAAUAUCCAAAGUUUAAUAUUACAUUUUGCAUAGACUACAGAAUCAGAAUGAUGCUUUAUUGGUCAAGUAUACUAGAGUAUACAAAGAAUUUGACUCAUGUUGUUAAUUUAUAAAGCAAUACAUAGAUCUUACAUGUCUGUUAUGUGACUACUUCUAUAAAUCUCAGAUACUGUAACAAAUCCAGGAUAAAAAAAAAUGUGUAUAUUAUAUUAAUCUGUUUUUUUUUUUAAUUUUUUAUAUGCAGCAUGUGUAAUGAUUUUACAUAAUACAAAGGCUAUAAAAGAGCUAACAUCUUGCAACUUCAUUAUUUUAGUGUAAUACUAAAAGAAAUGGAAGACUUCAUUUACAGUAUAAUAUUAUAUUUAAUACAGCCCUGUGAUCUA